AUGCGGAAGCUAAAGAUGGAGGAGUUAUUUCACAAUCAAUUCUACCGUACGGAGACAGAACCAACUCUGGCCGGUUUAUCCAAGCUAAGCCAAUUUCCUAGGGAAUCAGUUAAGACAUUUAUUGCAACAUUUAGGAGGAAGAGGUUUGAAAGAGUCCCAUUUCGUGACAUAUAUGACCUGGCAGAGAAAGCUACCAGGUAUGAGUUGGUCCUCAAGAAGGAGAAAGAACGAAAAAAUUCUUCUAAAGGCUUUGACAAAACCAAAGCAUUUACCAGUGAUACUCAGCCAUCAACUUCAUCGGCCAGGAAGGGUAUAGCCGAUAUUGGUAAGGUUUAUACAUUUUAUAUGGCCAAGACAGAACAAAGUUUUGAUCAUUUGUUGGACGACAAACAAAUUAUUCUGCCAAAAGGACACAAUAUACUUUCAGCCACUGAUUUGAAGGGAAAAGAGUUUUUCAAAUUUCAUAAUUCAUGGAAUCAUACUACUAACAAUUGUCAUGUAUUUAGAAAUGUAUUACAUAAAGCAAUUGAUGAAGGUGUAUUGAAGUUCCCUAAAAAGAAGCUAGAAGUGAUGGGGGUCGAUGGUGAUCCAUUCCCUAAUAUUGUAAAUACCAAUGUAAUCAGCUUGGCAACUGGAAAAGCCACUGAUAAUGGUAAACAAGAAAGGCUACAAAGAGUACUUGAUAGUUCACCAUCAGCCUGCAGCGAUGAGUAG